GGGAUUUGGCGCCCCCCUCCUGUGUUCAGCCUAUAUAAGGCAGGCAGUCCCGGCUCUCGGUACACGCGCUUCAACUUCGGUUGGUGUGUGUCGAAGAAACCUGACUGCGACCUGAGGAGAACACCGGAGAAGGUCCACCGAGCCUCGCAAAAGGUCCGCUGAGCGGGCUCGCGUCCGGAGCCACUCCGGGCUGCCGAGCACCCAGUGGAACCCACGCCGGCUCAGGUGUGGGACCUCGUCCUGCGCGGCUUCGCAGAGGAGUCCUCGCGUGGUGAGUAUGCGAAAUAAGCGGAUUUUGAAAACAAAGAGAAGAAGGGGUGCAAGAGGGGGCCAGGAUCCAGGCCUCCAUCCCCACAUCAGUGAAGCUACAGCCGGGAGGUAUCCUCCCACCACAACCGUCACCCUGGGUCCCGCAGGUCCAGCCGACUGCCCCCCUCCUCCUCCUCCCCCUCCCCCCAACAACAACAACAACAACUCCAAGCACAGUGGCCACAGGAGCCCCUGCGUGCCCAACAUGACCGAACGCCGCAGGGACGAGCUCUCUGAAGAGAUCAACAACCUCAGAGAGAAGGUCAUCAGGCAGUCCGCGGAGAACAACAACCUGCAGAGCCAGGUGCAGAAGCUCACAGAGGAGAACACCACCCUUCGCGAGCAAGUGGAGCCCAUCCCCGAGGAGGAGGAAGACGACAUUGAGCUCCAGGGAGCUGCAGCUGCUGCUGCCCCACCCCCUCCGAUCGAGGAAGAGUGCCCAGAAGAUCUUCCCGAGAAGUUUGAUGGCAACCCAGACAUGCUGGCUCCUUUCAUGUCCCAGUGCCAGGUUUUCAUGGAAAAGAGCACCAGAGAUUUCUCCAUUGAUCGCGUCCGCGUCUGCUUCGUGACAAGCAUGAUGACCGGCCGUGCUGCCCGCUGGGCCUCAGCUAAGCUGGAGCGAUCCCAUUACCUGAUGCACAACUACCCCGCCUUCAUGAUGGAAAUGAAGCAUGUCUUUGAAGACCCUCAGAGGCGAGAGGCUGCUAAACGCAAGAUCAGACGGCUGCGCCAAGGCAUGGGUUCUGUCAUCGACUACUCCAACGCUUUCCAGAUGAUUGCCCAGGACCUGGAUUGGAACGAGCCCGCGCUGAUUGACCAGUUCCACGAGGGCCUCAGUGACCACAUCCAGGAGGAGCUCUCCCACCUCGAGGUCGCCAAGUCGCUGUCCGCCCUGAUCGGUCAGUGCAUUCACAUUGAGAGAAGGCUGGCCAGGGCUGCUGCUGCUCGCAAGCCCCGCUCUCCGCCCCGGGCGCUGGUGAUGCCGCACGUUGCAAACCCCCACCAGGUGGAUCCCACGGAGCCUGUGGGAGGAGCCCGCAUGCGCCUGACCCAGGAAGAAAAGGAGAGACGCCGAAAGCUGAACCUGUGCCUCUACUGCGGAAACGGAGGUCACUAUGCCGACAACUGUCCUGCCAAGGCCAACAAGUCUUCGCCGGCGGGAAACUCCCCGGCCCCGCUGUAGAGGGACCUUCAGCGACCGGGCCAGAAAUAAUAAGGUCCCCACAAGAUGAUGUCUCUUCAUCUGCGCACUUACAAGUGAUGCUCCAGAUUCAUCUUCCGGGCAGACACACCCUGUUUGUCCGAGCCAUGAUCGAUUCUGGUGCUUCUGGCAACUUCAUUGAUCACGAAUACGUCGCUCAAAAUGGAAUUCCUCUAAGAAUCAAGGACUGGCCAAUGCUCGUGGAAGCAAUUGAUGGGCGCCCCAUAGCAUCGGGCCCUAUCGUCCACGAAACUCACGACAUGAUAGUUGACCUGGGAGAUCACCGUGAAGUGCUGUCAUUUGAUGUGACUCAGUCUCCAUUCUUCCCCAUCGUCCUAGGGGUACGCUGGCUGAGUCUGCAUGACCCCAGCAUCACAUGGAGCACUCGAUCUAUCGUCUUUGAUUCCGACUAUUGUCGCUACCACUGCCGGAUGUAUUCUCCAAUACCACCAUCGCUCCCACCAGCAGCACCACAUCCGUCACUCUACUAUCCAGUAGAUGGGUACAGAGUUUACCAACCAGUGAGGUAUUACUAUGUCCAGAAUGUGUACACUCCAGUAGAUGACCACGUCUACCCAGAUCACCGCCUGGUAGACCCCAACAUUGAAAUGAUACCUGGAGCACACAGCAUUCCCAGCGGACAUGUGUACUCACUGUCCGAAUCUGAAAUGGCAGCUCUCCGAGAUUUUGUGGCCAGAAAUGUAAAAGAUGGGCUGAUUACUCCAACAAUUGCACCCAAUGGAGCACAGGUUCUCCAAGUGAAGAGGGGGUGGAAAUUGCAAGUUUCUUAUGAUUGCAGAGCUCCAAACAAUUUCACUAUCCAGAAUGAGUAUCCUCGUCUGUCUAUUCCAAAUUUAGAAGACCAAGCUCAUCUGGCAACCUACACUGAAUUUGUACCUCAAGUACCUGGAUAUCAGACAUACCCACCGUAUACCACGUACCCGACCUACCCAGUAGGCUUCGCCUGGUACCCAGUGGGACGAGAUGGGCAAGGAAGAUCUCUCUACGUACCUGUUAUGAUCACCUGGAAUCCACACUGGUACCGCCAGCCU